AUGGGUUUCCCGGAGCCCACAGACGAGUGGUCGGAGCACAGCGGACACUGCCACUGCGGAGCGGUCCGCUUCAGCUUCAAGCUCUCGCCGCCGCUCUCCAAAUACCCGGCCAACAGCUGCAACUGCUCCAUCUGCACGCGUAACGGCUAUGUCGUCGUGUACUCCCAAAAGAAGGACUUCGAGCUCCACACGCCGCCCGACGCGCUGGCGGCCUACACGUUCGGCCUGGAGAGGUCGUGGCACAAGUUCUGCAAGACUUGCGGCAGCAGUGUCCUGAUCGACGUCAUCCCAGGAAAGGGCCCGGCCCUGGUCGGCGUGAAUGUCCGCAUGCUUGACGACUUCGACAUGGACAAGCUGGUGCUGAACAAGGGUGGAUGCAACUCCAAACAACCUCAAUCCAACCCCUCAGCCACCAUGAUACCAAUACGCCGCGCCCCCAAUGGCGCUUCUCGCACCCUCUCCUCUCUGGCGCGCCCGUCCCCUCGCUCGCGACCGCGACCGCGCCCGCUCUCGGCGACAACGACAACACCACCACCACCACGCUUCUCCUCCACCUCCACGACCGCGCCUCCACCACCACCACCGUCCUCGAAGCCCGCGCCCGCGCCCGCCCCCUCCGACUCCAACCCCGCCGCGCCACCCCCGCAACAGCAGCAACAGCAACAACAACAACAACAACAACAACAACAACAACAACAACAACAACAACAACAACAACAACAAGCACCACCACCCCCACCACCAAAGCAGCCCCGCCGCUCCCUCCGGCCCCUCAUCUACGCCACCCUCUUCCUCGGCGCCGGCCUCGUCGCCGGCAACAUCGUGCGCUUCGCCGUCGCCCCGCCACCGCUGCCCGACGCCGGCACCGAAAUGGACGCCGCGCUGUCGGCAAAGCUGCGCGAGGAGCUGGACCGCCUGCCCGUCGUGCGCGAGAUGGAGGGGAAGACGACGACGACGACGACAAUGACAGCGACACACGGCGGGGGGCGGGGGGCUGAUGGGGAUGGGGAUGGGUGGGUGGAGGUGGAGCCGUGGGGGGUGGGUGUGUCGGCGGCGGCGGCGGUGGCGGCGGUGCUGGGAGGAGGUGGGAGCGGGAGCGGGAGCGGGAGGGAUAGCGGGAGGGAUGGCGGGGUGGUGAUGGAGGGGGAAGGGCGGCAGAAGUCAAAGGGAGGUUGGUUCGGCGGAUGGGGAAGCGGCACGAAAGAUGAAGAGCAGCACGCUGUUGUCUUCAUGGGAGACGAGAAGCACAUGGUGGCGCAGACGCUGGCCGCGAUGAAGGGCUUCGGCCCCGCGCGGCGGUGGGUCAACCGCGCCACGCGCGAGUCGGUCACGGUCUUCUGGGUCGGCGGCGGGCUGACGGGCUGGCCCGGCGUCGCGCACGGCGGCGCGUUGGCGACGGCGUUUUGCGAGGCGUUUGGAGCACCCAGCCCCGCCCAGCUGUCCCUGACUUAUCUCGCACCGACCAUGGCGAGCAACUUCUUCGUGCUCAAGGCCGCCCCGGCGCCGCCCGCGCCUGCCCCGAGCACCGAGUUGCCGCCUCAGAAAGACAUGACGAAGCGUCCCGUGCCAAGUGAAGAGAGGCCGGUAGAUGGAGGCGAGGAGUGGAGCGGGACGCUGCAGGCGGUGCAGGGGAGGGUGUGUGUGAAGGCGAAGGCGGUGGUGCCACGGUGA